AUGGUCGUCUCCUGGGUCGCCGAGGCGCUGCUCGAGCGGCUGAUCGGUCCCUACGUGAAGAAGAAUGAGCGCAAGCUAGACCUUAGCGGCGGCACGAUGGUUAUUCGCGGCGUCGAGCUGCGGCCGGACGUGUUCGACAGCCUCGGGCUGCCUGUGACGGUGCGAGGAGGAGAGGUGGGAGAGCUGGAGAUUUCAGUGCCGUGGAGCAAGCUGCGCACCGAGAGCGUCGUGAUCCGCGUGCACCGCCUCUCGCUCCUGGUCGCGCCCGUGUGUGAGGAUGAGUGGGACGAGCCGCUCGAGGCGAGCCGCUUGGCUGCGCGCAAGGAGCGGGAGCUGCAGGCGCUGGCGGGCACGAUCGCUCCUUCGCCGGAGGCGGGCGGGGCCGACAAGAGCGGCUGGGUCGACCGGCUGAUGGAGCGGGUACUGCACAACCUGCAGGUGGUCGUGACGUCGGCGGUGGUCCGCCUCGAGGACUACUCGCACUCCUCCGUCCCCUUCGGCGUCGAGGUCGCGAUGGACUCGCUCUGGUUCCAUCCGGCGCACGUCGACUCGGCCAACGAGCCGCAAGCUGCGGUCAAGCAGUCGGCCGACGAGGAGCCGUUUCGACAGCGCGAGGCGCUGGUGUGCGCCCUGUGCGCCUACGUGCUGCCUGCGGCGGCGCUGCCGCCCAGCCUCGCCGUCGACGCUCCGGCGGCGAUGCGGCUCAACGCGUACGCCUGCCUCCUCGACCCGCUCUCCUUCGCGCUCGAGGUGUCGACCGCCCCGCUCGGAGGCGUGCCGCUUGCGAGGGAGGGCGAGAGGGAGGGCCGGAGGGAGGGCCAGCGAGCGGGCGGAGCGGCCGUCCCCCGCCACACCGCGAGCCUCGAGGCCGGCCGCGUCACGCUGCGACUGCAGCUGGCGGACGUGGCGCACCUCGCCGCUUGCGCCGCCUACCUCGGCGCCUUCGAGCGGCUCGAGGCGCAUCGGCGCUUCCGGCCGCGGCUCGGCUGCCGCCCAUCGUCGCACCCUCGCGCCUGGUGGCGGUACGCGACCGACGCCGUCCGCUGGGCGAUCCGGUCGCGCGACGAGCCCUUCACGUGGGCGCAGAUCGCGGCGCGGGCAAGGCAGCGGCGCGCAUACGUCGCUUUGCGCGCCAAGCAGCUCGCGGCCGGGCGCGGGCUGAGCGACGCCGAGGAGGUUUCCUUCUCGCAGCUGCGCUCUGCGCUAUCCGCGCGCGAGCUGCACCUCUUCGACCAGCUCGCAGAGGUCGCUGGCGCGGCGGGCAGCGGCGGAGAGGGCGGCGGCAAGGGCAACCACGGCGGCAGCGACGGCGCGGCUGUCGGCGCCGCUGCGGGCGGCGGCAGCAGCGGCAGCGGUGGCAGCGGUAGCGGCAGCGGUGGCGGUGGUAGCGGCAGCGGUGGCAGCGGUAGCGGCAGCGGUGGCGGUGGUAGUGGCGGCGGGGGCGGCGGCUGGUGGAGCGGUUGGAAGAGCAGUUCCGCUCCGCCCGCCCAGGCCGCCGGGGCGGCACGAGGCGGCCGGGACGAUGUGCUGAGCGAUGAGCAAAGGCGUGCGCUGGCCGAGCUACUCGAGGAGGGCGACGAGGAGCCGCAGAGGCUGUCGGAGCGGCUCUCUUUGCACGGCCGCCUCCUGAUCUCCGAGCUCGUGCUCGUGCUGCACGCGCCGUCAGAGGCGCUCGCCGCGGACGCUGACCCCGACGCCGCCGGUGGCAGCACGCAGGCGGGUCCGGCGGCGCUGCAGGCGACCCUGACCUCGUGCGGGCUGAACUUUGGCGUCGCGAGCGCAGCCUACUCGGCCGACGCUUUCUUCAAGACGCUCGAGGUCGAGCUCGUCGGCCGCGCGGCGGGCGGCGGCGGCGGCGGCGUGCCCCUUGCAUCCUCGCUCAUGCACGUUCCGGCCGAGGAGAGCCGGCCACUCAUGCCGCCGCUCGAGGUGGACACGCGCGCCGCUUUCGUGGCGGCGGGCGUGCGCGAGUGGCUCCCGUUGCUCGUCGAGCGGUCGGACGACGCGCGGCGCGGCUCGCGCUGGCAGCUGAGCGCGAGCUGGCAGUGGGAGCCUCCCGACGGCGGCGAUGACGGGGCGUCGCAUUUGCGCGUCUCGGCACACAACUCGGAGCAGCUGCAGCUCCUCGCCAACCACGCCACCGCCAGCCGCGUCGGUGCGCUCGUCGCCGCCGGCCUCGCGACGGCCUCGCACGUGGGCGGCGGCCCGCUCGAGCUGCCAGGGAGGGGGGAGGAGGCGGUUGGGGCGAGCAGCGCCGCCCGCGGCCGCGGCGGCCGCGGUGCGAGCUCGCGCGGCGACGACGCUGCACGGGUCUUGCGCCGUGCGGUGGGCUCGAUGCGUCCCGAAUCGGGCCUCAGUGUGGAGCUCAGCGCGCGGCUGACCCCGCCGGUGUGGCUGCUGCUGCUCGAGCCCGCUUCGGCCGGCUCGCGCGCAGUCUGCUUGCGAGCGGAGCGGCUGGUGACGUGCGCACGGCUAGGGCGUGCCGCUCCUGCGGCCGGGGGCGACGAGGCGGCGCGAGGGCCGGGGGUGGCGGUGAGCCGCGCGUGCGGGAGCUUGGCCUGCUUUGACCUCGAGGUGGGGCGGGCGCAGGCGGAGCUCCUGCGGCUGAGUGCAUGGAGGGCGCCGCUUUCGGUGCUGCCGCUGGCCGGUCAGGUGGGGACGAGCAGCCGCUGCCUCCUUCUCGCGCCGCUCGACCUGACGCUCGGCCUCGACGCCAGCCUCGCCGCCGCCCCCGGGGAUCGCCUCCGUGCGCGCGCCUCGCUCUCGCACGCCGAGCUGUGCGUCACGCCCGAGGCGAUCGCCGCCGCCACCAUCGCGGUCAACCUCGCCGCCGCCGACCGCAGGACGGGUCGCAAGGCUUUGCGCCACGCCUUGCGGCAACAGAGCCAUCAGGGCGAGGCGCUUCGCAGCAUGGAGGCGGCGGCGCUCGCUGGACCCGCGCCUCCGCCCAGGCGGUUGCUCCCAGCGCUCACCGCCGCGGCCGCACGGCUCGAGUUUGAGGCGCGGUUAGAUGGCGCGAGGUUGGUCCUCGAGUCGAGCGCGCAGCAGUUGCUGCAGCUCGAGGCGGGGCCGCUCAGCCUCGCGGUGAGCGGUGCGCCACUCGAGCCGCAGAUUGGCGGCGUUGGCGCCAAGGCGGGGCCGCGCGUGGGCGCAGCUAUCGAAGCGCGAGUCUCUCUUGUGCGCGUGGCCGUAACCGCCCCGCAGCUCGUCGGAGCCGGCGCCUUGGUGGCGCUCGAGCCGGCGCAGCAACAGGAGUAUGGCGGCGAGACGAUGCUCGCAGCAGCGCAGGAAGCCGCGCGGGCAGCCGAGGCGACGGUGCGCGUGAGCGUCGCGCCAGCUCCCACGGUGGAGGGCGGCGCACCAUCGUUGCUACGUCUCGCCCUCGCGUCGCCCCCGCGGCUGGUGUUUGGCGCCGUGUCGGUGUGUCUACCAGUGGGCCGUUCGCUGCUUCCCACGCUGUGGACUCUCCACUCGGACAUGGAUGCGCUGUCGCGGGAGCUGGGGGCAGCGCUAGCGGCGGCGGCCGCUGCCGAGGCCGACGAGGUGGCCCUCGCCCCGCCCGUGGCAUCUCCUCCGCCAGCCGUGCUCGACGCGCUUUGCGGGGCUAGCCUGGCCGGAGCCCGCGUGGAGGGCGGGCCGGUCUCCCUCGCGCUGAGCGACGAUGCGGCAGAUCUCAUCGAGCUUCGCCUCACUUCGCUGUGCGUCACACACCCGCCCACCGUUGCAGAAGGCGAUGUGGCUGCCGGGCUGCACGUCUCUAUCGGGAUGCUGGAGGUGCAAGCAGUCGCUACGGCGGAUGGCGCGCAGAGGCUGGAGCGGUCUCUCAUGCGCACGGCGAGUCGGGCAGGCGAGCCGGCGUUUGCGAUUACCUGGCGCGGUCCCAGCCAGCUCCAGCUUACCACGCAGCCGAUGGUGAUGCGGCCACCAGGUGGCACCGUCGACGGAAUCGAGCGUUUGCAUGCCGCGGGCCUCGAUUUCAUGGUCGAGCUCCGCGCCAUGGGCGUGCUCCCGCCACCGCCGCCGCCGCCGCCGCCACUCCCGCUUCCAGCAGAGCGGGCUGUGCGCGCUGCUUUGCGUCUCUCCCUUGAAGCCACCGCCAUCCGCCUCCUUCCGGCGAGCGAGGCUCACGCGUCGAAAGAGCCCGACGGCGCGGUGGAGCUUUUGCUGGGCGCUUCAACGGUUGCUGCGACCCUCCUCCCCGCUCUGGAGCCGCCAGACGACGUGGCAGCAGCUGCUGACGCGUUUGGGAUUGCAGCAUGGGAGAGCCCGCGCGCAGCACAGGGUUUGAGCGCGGCAGAGUCGCCCUCGGAGAAGGAACGCGAGUCGCUCGCGGCCGUCGAUGCUUUGCAGGCGAGACCUCUCUUCGAGCUGCCGCGACUCGAACUUGCCGUGGCCGUGGGGCGCAAGGUGCUGCGAGCGGGCCUGCUUUCCAACCACCCAGCGACCCUCUCACUUGAGCCGCACAGUUUGCUUGCCCUCUGCGCGGGCGCUGACGACGCUUCGCGUCUCGAAGUUCUUCGGCCAAAGCUGGAGCCGGGCCCACCCGCCUUUGCUGUUGCAGCACAUGUCAGCGCGGUUGUCGUUCGUGUCUCCUGCGGUGGCGAUCUGGACGCCUCCACGCUCCGCCUGGACCACCUCGGGAUGAGCUGCGGCGGCGCAGAGCGCGAUCUCGCUUGCCUGCGCGCGUCAGUGGGAGACGCUAAAUUGUGGGCAGGAGAGAGCGACAGCCCACCGCUCAUCGCCACCACCACCUCAGCGGGCACAGAGACGUCGCCCACGGUCAAAGGGAACGAGUUGCUCGUCGUCGAACGGACCGCCCCAUCCGACGCGAGUGCGAUUCCGCUGGUUGCGAUUCGCAUCGCGCCUCUCGAUGCAACCCUCUCGCCGGAGGCAGUCGCCCAGCUCUCGAGCAUAGCGGCAGCUUUCCAGUCAUAUUCGCAGCCGCCGCAGCCGCCGCAGCCGCCGCCGCGCCUCUCCUCACAGGAGCUUCAGGGGCCCGCUCCUGCUUCGACAGCGUUGCAAAUUCAGCUCGAGCCGGCCGUGGUGCAGGUGUGGCUGCUUCCCGCGUCAUUGCCGCCGAGCAGUGUCAGGUUUGACCCCGCGGAGGCUCAAGGCGAGAGGCGAGGGGCGCGCAUCCGCUUGAGGGCGGCUGCGACCUACCUGGCCAUGCCACUCUCCGAGGGGUCCGAGGGCUCACAGGUCCAGCUCACACUCGAUCUGUCGCACAGCGCGACGACCACAUUUGCUGCGCGCGGAGGACUCGAGGAGGAGCUGCCGCUCAUCUCACCGUUCGAGGUGAGCGUCCAGGCUAGCACGAGGCCGGCUCCGUCCCCUUCGGUGGCGGCAGAGGCACACGCCGCCACCGCACCUUCAUCGUUGGCCGCGGCGGACGGGGUGCAAGCGGCGGUGCAGGUUCAGGUGUCGUCGCCACUCGAACUGGAGAUUGACGCGCUGCAGCUCCGCCUGCUUCGGGAUCUGAGCGAGGAAUUCGCCCCGAGCUUGGCCGACACGCCUGCGGCCCCGACGGGCACCGGAGCCGGAGCCGAGCCCGCAUCCCUGCCACACCGUCAGCUCGCGCCUCUCGCGAGCAGGAACUCCCUCUCGCUGGAGGUGCGGCUGCUGCGCCACGUGCAGGCACAACUCUACUCUGCGCGCGGCCGCGACCAGCCCUUGUGUGCCGCACGGCUCGAGGGCGCGGCGGCGGGCGCCCCGCUGCUCCACGCGGCGCGGCACGCCUCUGGCUCGGUGGCGGCGGAGGUGCAAGUCAACGCGCGCCUCGAGGUUUCCGUCUACAGCGCCAGCGCGGCCGCGUUUGAGCCGCUGCUCGAGCCGUGGGAUGUCGCGCUCACGGCUCGGCAGCAGCGAGCGCAGCGAGGCGGCUCCGUCUUUGUUCCGGGCAAGUGGUCUGCCCACGCGGACGGGUCGGCACUCGAGGCGAGCCUCUCGGACACGAUGCUCACCUCGCUGCUCGACGGGCGCGUCGCAUUGCUGCGCACGCUCGCCGCGCCCUCGGCUGCCGCCGCCAGCCGCCUCGCCGCGCCACCAGUACUAUUGCGGCUACAAAACGCUUGCGGCGCACGGCUUCGCUAUGGGUUGCAAGAGAGGCAGGGGAAGGGCAAGGGGGUAUCAACCCCCGUGGAGCAGUCCGGGGCGGAGCUGCCAUCUGCGGGCAGUACCGAGCUCGAGCUUCCUUCGAGUCCUGCGUCAGCCCGCGACGCGCGGCCGCUCCAGCGCCUGCACUUGAGCCUCGAGGUGCAAGGCGCGGCCGGGUCCUGGCACCGACUGCCGCCCUUGCCGCUCGCCCGCUCGGGCUCCUGGGCCCUCUGUGCCGUGCCGCCGCCCGACGGCGCGCGCCAUUCGCCGCUGUACGUGUAUUGCGUGAGCCGGCCACUGCUCCUCGCUACAGACGGCGCCGUUGGCUUCAGCCUCCAAGUCCGUUCGCACACCGAGCUCUCAAAUUCUUCGCCGGAGCCGCUCGCUGUCGAGAUCCUCACGCUUCCGCCGCCGCCGCCGCCGCCGCCGCUGCCAGAACCAGCUGCCGAAUCAGCAACAGCACUAGCCGCUGCAAUCGGAGGCGACUCGCUUGACGCGGCGGCGGACACGCACGUGUCUCUCGGCGUGGUGUCUCCCGGCGGGUCGAUCCCGGUCCCGCCGCAUCUGAUGUCGGCGCGCGUGCGGGUGCGGCCGGCCCAUUCGAGCGAGGGGCGUGCUCGCUCGGGUGAGGGCGCGGGCGAGAGCGAUCCCGACGGGAGUGCGUACGAGUGGCCCUCCGAGACAGCGUCCUUCUGGCUCGCCUCGUGCUCGCGGGAAGGGGAGGCGGCGCGAACGCUCGGGCGGCUCCUGCUUCAGUUUCCGCAUCUCGCGGCCUCCGAGGCGCUCAUCGAGAGCUGGCGGUGCGCGCUACCGGCCAACGACCCGAACAACCCAAACGGCCUCCGGCGGCUGCACGGCACGCUCCACCUGACGACCACCGCCCUGGCCUUUGCCUCGCGCGGAGGGCGCGACAUGCGAGAGCUGAUUCCGCUCGGCAAGCUGACCGCAAUUCAAAAGGCGCAGACGCCCCUCUCCCGCAGGCCGGCCAUAGCGAUUUGCCACAGCGCUGGCCCGCCGGGCGGCUCCGCGCCACGCGCCACGGCGGCCGCCCCUCGCGUCCUGCUGCUUUGCGGCUUCGCCUCGCGCGACCGCGCGCUACACGGUCUGCUGCGACACCUGGCGCACUCCCACCCGCAGCUGGCGUCCACAGCGUACCCGCCGCCGAGCGCGCGGCUCACAGCUCGGGUCGGCCUCCAGCCUGGCGAGGCGGUGCUGCACAGCUGUGCCGCCAGCCUCGAGGUGGACGGCGCCUCGGGCGGCGCCGCCAGAGGCACACUCCACCUCACUGACGUGCGGCUUGCCUUUGAACCGGCAGCAAGCAGCCAGCCGGCGCUGCGCGCUUACUGGGCCGACGUGCGAGGCGUGCACCUCGCCGCUGCCUCUGGUCCGGUGACCGCGCAGCAGUCCGGCGUGCCGUUGGUGGUGGAGACCGCCGGCGGCGCUCUGUGGCUUCUGCGCGCCAACUGUCCGCUCGGUGAGUUUGGGGAGGCGCUCGCGGGCUUGCUGCCCGAGGCGGCGCUGCAAGAGCUUCGACGGCUGGUGGGCGGCGAGGACGACGCCGAGUCUGCCCUCGAGGAGGCUGGCACCAGCGAGGCGGACGAUGCUGCCAGCCACGAGGCCGAGGCUGCCAGCUCGGUGGUCCAUCGGAUGGCGGCGGCGCGCCGAGACGGUGCCGGUUCCUACGAGGUGGCGGUGCGGGUGGCGAGUCGGCCAGCGCUCGCCCUCGCCGGCGCGCACAGCUUGUCGGCUCAGCCGCCGCUCCGCACGGUGGUGGUGCUGCAGCCCGCACUCGCCCUUGAGAGCGCGCUGCCGUACCCCGUGCAGUACGUCCUCGUCAGCCCUGCCGUCCUCGUGCCCGCCACCGCGGCGGGCACUCUGCCCGCCGGGGGCUCCUCGGCUGCGUCCUUCCUUCCGCGCGGGGAGCUGCUGCAAUUGCGGCUGCGGAUGGGGCGGCGGUGGGGCCCCGUCGUCGCCGAGUACGCCACAGACCACGCCGGCGCCGCUUCCGGCUGGAAGCCUCUCGUGGCGUCGAGCUGCUCGCUCGACGACCCUCACGGCCGGCCCGCCGCGAUCCACAUCGAGCGGCAAGGCGCCGGCUCCGAGCGGACCGUGCUCUGCCUGCGCCUCUCGGCGCCGCUGUGGCUCGUCAACGAGACGGGACUGCCGCUCAGCUACCGCGUGCGGCGGCCUCGCGGCAUGGCCAAGGCUCGCAAUCCGCGCACGGGCCGCACUUCGUUUGGUGAGAGCCCGAGCGAUGGCCUCGCUUGCGUGGAGGCGGAGCAGAGCGCUCCCGCGGCGGGCUUAGCUUCGACAGCCACCGCGAUGGACAACGCGAGGAGGCUUGGCCCGGCCCUCGGCCGUGCCGCGACCACCUCGAGGCUCUCCACCACGGCAUCAGCCACGGCCGCGGCGCGAUCCGCUGCCUCGCAGCACGCGGCCGCCGCGCCGCCGUCCUCUGCCCGCGGCAAGCUGCUGAGCCGUGCGUCGAGCCUCUCGGCUCGGACGAAGAGCUUCGCGCGCUCUAGAAGGGGCGGUGCCGACCACCAACCGCCGCCGCCGCCGCCGCCGCCGCCGCCGCCGCCGCCGCCACCGCCGCCGCCACACGCUGCUCCGCCGCCGCCACCGCCCUUGCCAGCCCAGCCGCCGCCUCCGCCGCCUCCACUACCCCUGUCGGGUGCGGAUGCUUCCGGCCAGGGGGCCGAGGAGGCGGGUGUGGCUGCCCACCGCGAGGACACAGCAGGGCUCGCGGAGAGCGAGGAGAGCGAGGGCGAGGAGAGCGAGGACGAGGAGAGCGAGGCGGAUGGGGAGGAGGGGGGCAGCGAUGGAGCACACGCGGCGGCAGGCAGCGCCGCAGCUGGCGGCGACGCAACCCCCCUUCUGCUGCCUGCGCACCGCAUCUCUCUCGGACUCCCUCGAGCGCUGGCAGGCCCCGCCGCAGCCGCCGUCGGGCCGGGCGAGCGCGUCUGGAGCAAGGCGAUCCAGUGCGAGACGGGGAGCUCAAGCUGCGUGGCCCUCGGCCCAUACGAGCUCGCCGCCGAGCAGCUGGCGCCGCCCAACGACGCGGCGCGCAGCCGGCUGCUCGUGCUGCGGCCACGCUACCGGCUCGUGAACCGGACGGGCAUCUCGAUCGCGCUCUCCCCGUCGGCGAGGCCCAGCCUGCUGCCGCCCGCUGUCCCGCCCUUCGUUCUGCCGGCGGGCCAGCUGGAGCCGCAGCCGCUCCACUGGCGUGGCACGCCGUCGGCCGAGCGCAUGCUCCGCCUCGCACACGUCGCCACGGACGGCGGCACACCCCCGCUGCCGACGGCGGGCGCGACCGGCGGGGUCGGCGCCGCGUGGAGCGGCGCAUUCGCCCUCGAGCCCUCGCGAGACGACUUGGUGGUGGGCGUGCCCGGCCGGCCCGGCCUGCUGGUGGACGUGCUCGUCGAGGAAAGCGACGCCGGGCUGCUCGUCUGCCUCGACGCGGCGGGGGUGCCGCCUUACGUGCUGCACAACGAGUGCGGCGCCCCCCUCGCCGUCCGGCAGAAGGGGUGUGAGCGGCAGCACCUCGCGCCGGCGCGCGGCACUUUGCCGUACGCGUGGGACGAGCCGCUCGGCGAGCGCGUGCUGCUGCUCUCGCCGCUCGGCGAUGCUGGAGCGCUCGAGCAGUAUGAGAUUGCGGUGGACGCACUCGGCGAGCCGGUGGCACACGGCGCGCCGCCCCGCUUCUGGACGGUCACGUCUCUCGGCGAGUCGCACCGCGCCCUCCGGAUCUCGCCGCGGCUGCCGACUGACGCGGCGCGCUCUGCCGAGCUCUCGCUCUCCCUCUCUUUCCUCAUCGCCUCCGCCGGCCUCUCGCUGGUCGACGUCCGCGGCCGCCGCUCCGAGCUGGCGUAUGCGCGCGCGGCUCCCAUCGUGAUCUCGGCGAUGCAGUCGGCGACUGAGCUCGAGUGGCAGCUGCUGGUGACGCGGCUGCAGCUCGACAACCAGCUGCCGCGCGCCGGGCUGACGACCGUCUUGCUCGGCGAGGCGGCCGCCGAGGCGGCGCCGGGCUGGCUGCAGCUCAACGUCUCGCGCCGGCGGACGGAGAAGCGGAUCCGCGAGCUCACAAUCUCGCUGAGCGACACGCAGCUGCAGAUUGAGGAGGCGUUUCUCGGCGCAGUGCACGGGUUUGGCGCGCGGCUGAGCGCGGCGGUUGCGGCGGCGGCGGGCGAGGCUGGCCUCGGCGAGGGCGCGGCGGCGGAGCCGGCGCUCGGCGCUGUCGCGCUGCCUCCUCCUGCGACGGCACGCAAGCGGCCGUGGUACGUUGAUGAGCUGUCGAUGGCCGAGGCGCGGCUGAGCGUCUCGCACCGGCGGCUGCCAUCCGUUGUGGCGCGGCAGGCGCGGAGCGGGGUGCGGCUGCCUCUUUCGCUGCCCAACUUUGACGGGCUGCCGCUCCGGCUGCGCCCCUUUGAGCGGCGCCACAUCUUUCUGGAGCGCGCGCGCCUGCAGCGGCAGCUCGGCUCGCACUACAAGGCCGAGACGCUGCGCCAGCUCCACCGGAUCGUGCUCCACGUCGCGAGAUCGGGCACGCUCAACGGCGGCGGCGAUUAUGCGCCGGUCGCUCCCGCGCGCAACAUCGCCCAGGGCAUAGCGCAGGGCGGUGUCGGGCUGUCCCGUGGUCUCUUUCACGGCCUGACCGGCAUCGUCGCGGCGCCGAUGCGCGGCGCACGCGACGGCGGCGGCGUGUCGGGUUUUGCGCGCGGCCUCGGCAAAGGGCUCGCCGGCGUGGCGCUCAAGCCGACGGCGGGCAUGCUCGAGCUCGGCGCCAAGGUGUCCGAGGGAAUAAAGAACACGGGCCGGCCAGAGGGCGCAGGGGGCGCCUGCGAGCGGCUCCGGCUGCCGCGCAUGCUCUACGGGCCGGCGGCGGCCAUCCGGCGCUACGACGCCGUCGACGCCGCCGGCUGGGGCGCAGCGCAGGCCGUCGAGGGCGGCCGGUACGCAGCCGAGCCGCUCGUCUGCUGCGCGCUGUGCGCGCCGCGUGGGCCGGCCGAGGCGCUGCUGCUCGUCUCUGUGGAGAGGCUGAUGCUCGUCCACCUGCCGCACGCUGGCGGCGGCGGCGGCCAGGCGGCGCAGGCGGUCACCGGGCUCCGCCUGGAGUGGCAGGUGGCGCUGCGCGAUCUGACCGAGCUCAGCUUCGACGCGGCGGGGCCGGCCGUGGUGCUUUGCUCCCCAGAAUUGCGCGCUGGUGAGCCGCGGGGCGAGGGCGGGAACGCGGUACGCGUGCCCCUGGCCAGCGUCGAGUACUGCCACACCCUCGCCUCGGGCCUUGCGGAGCUGGUCGUGGGGGCGACUGCAACGAGGCGUAGGUGA